GCCGUAACCAUGCGAACCUUUUCUAGGCAACCGAGAGGUAGCAAACGACCCUGAACAGCUCCUGAGCUGUUGGAUCGAUAUCGACUGAGCAGUGGGGCCAGCUGCCGACGGUUUCACCGUCACAAACCGUGGUUCCGUCGUGUGUUGACCAUCAUCGCGGGCGUGUUCACCCACCGAGCGACCCAUCAUGUCGACGCCGAAACCGAUCCUGAAUGCGGAAAAUCUCGCCCUCACCAACAAGCGCAUCGGCGAGUUGAAGAAGAAGGUGAUGCUGGCCGAGGGCCAGAAGAAAGCGUACACCGAGGAGUGGAACGACAAGAAGAAGGCCCAGAACGACCGGAUGGCCGAGCUGCGGAAGGAGGUGCGGGACCUCACGAACAAGCUGUCCUACCUGCACAACCCGACCAGCGCCAAGGCGCAGAAGAACGUGCAGGAGAUCAAGCGGCGCGUACCGUUGCCACCCGGUGCCAAGUCGGUCGCGGACGCGCUCCGCAUCGUCGACCUCAAGGUGAUCGAUCUGCACAAGCAGACGGACGUGGCCGAGGACCGGAUGCGGAAGCGGGAGCGUCACUUCAAGCAGCUGGUCGAGCAGUACCAGGCGCUGGUCGGCUACCGGGACGCCAAGUGCGACGGCUCGAACCCGCCGGAAACGAUCGAGGAGGACGCAAACCGGAAGCUGAUCACGCGGCUGGAGAACGAGAUCCACCGCACGACGGUGCAGUGGAUGGAGGCGGAGCACAUCCGGAAGAAGUACCGCGGCAUCAAGUCGUCGCUGAUGCGCGACGCGGAAAAGUUCGAAAGCUCACUGCUGGAGCUGGAGCAGGCGAUCACCGAGCAGCAGGCAGAGAUCAACAAGCUCGAGGAGGUGCACAAGGAGGCGGUCCAGAUGCGGGACAGCACCAAGACGAUACUGCAGCGGCAGGAGCAGACGACGCACUACUCGAACAAGGCGCGGGAAAAGCAGGCACAAGACUUCCGCCGCCAGGUGGAGGAGCGGAAGCUCGAGCUGGAGCGCCUGGAGCGGAAGAUCUUUUCGUCGGGCAAGACGCUCAUCCAUCAGGAGAGCAUCUUGUCCGGCUCGGGCGAGCACGGGCGGGGCGGCGAGGGCGGGGACGACGGGAGCAGCCUGCACGACAAGGACGGCGCAUCCGAAAUGGAGCAGAAGUUCAAGAAGCUGAUGCAGGCGACCGGGGUCAGUGCGGCGGGCGAGGUGGUGGAUCGGUUCCUGGCCCAGCGGGAAGCGUCCGCCCGUCUCACGUACCUGCGGACGGUGACGGAGAACGAGAAGAAGCAGCUGGAGGCGCAGCGUGAGCUGAUGAAGGCCCAGCUGGACGCGUUCAAGUUUGCCGACGUGAAGGACAGCGAUGUCAACCAGGAGGAGCUGGAAAAGAUCAAGAACUCGAUCGAGGAGCAGAAGCAGCGGCGGGAGGAGUGUGACAAGGCAAUCGAGUACACGCGCAACGUGUUCGACACGAUCAAGGAUGCGCUGAUCGAGCUGCUGCUAAAGCUGCGCGAGAUCGAGGAAAGCCUCGACACGGCCUCGCCGUACGGCCGCCGGACGCCGCUCAAGCCGGCCGAGCUGAAGGACAUCACCUCCGGGAAGCUGGCGGUCGAGGAGCUGGGCAAUCUGCUCGAGGAGCGCAUCAAGCUCGGCCUGAUCGCGAGCGGCCAGCUGACGGCAGACGCCGACAGCGGCCUGUCCGAGGACGAGGGUGAGACGGACCGACCGGUACCGGCCGGGGUUACCGUGUCGCCGACCGGUACGUCGACCAUCACUCCAGUGCCGGCCACGCCGACCGCACUGCAGCAGCUGUCGCCGGGUCCGGGCGUUGCAGCCGCGGCGGCGGCGUCGGCAGCGCCAGCAUCGGCCGCCGGAAGUAGCAGCGCGCUGUCCACCUCGUCGCCGGCGGAGGAUCGCGAAAAGCCACCGGCCUACCCGCCGGUGUACAUGAACCUGAUCGCGGGCCGCACCACCACCCAGAUCUCGUCCACCUCACCCGGCCAGGGCACGACCGUGGUGCUGUCGGACGACGAGGGCGACGUGCCGUCCCGCAGCUAUCUCAAGCGGCAGGCGAACAUGAUCAUUGAGGCCAAGUCGCGGCGCAAAGGCUUCCGGAUGCCGGUACCGAAGCGACGCUAAAGCUGCGGCUCGUUUUCGGACUUCUUUUGCUGCUGAAGAACGAUCCAGACAAAAUCAAUAAAUAAAUAAUCGCGUACGCGUGCUGUUUCGUUUGGCUAGUAUUAAUUUCUCCUUUUCUUAUAUUUCUUCUUUUCUUUGUCGACUUUUCGAUUCACCAUUUAUCUUGUUCGCGGUUUUAACAUACAUACAUACAUUCAUACAUAAAUUACAUUUGCUUGCUAGCUGUUCCGGCUUGCCACAAACGAUUGGUACGCCGUUGUCACGCUUUUAAGCGGAUUAUCUAUGUACACACACACACACGCCAGUCCUGUACGCAUCUCACUCCCUCUUCCCCACCGACACUUUCUACAACUUAACAACUAAUUGACAGUCGAUUUUCGAAACUCCAUCUACACAGCAGGUGGUUGGCGGGGGUGCUGGAAAACGCGCAUUGACUAAUCCCUGUUUAAAGUGUUGCGAUUGCUUCUCGCUACUGCUUCUAUCCGAGUUUUCCCUCAUUCCCCUUUCCCCCUGCCAUACCAGUGCUCCGUCACUGUGGUUUUUCGGCUUGCCCUAUUUCCAUCCUCUGCCGCCCGCGCCGCACCACGCAACAGCAUCAACAUCCGUGUCUGCUCUCUUUGUUUCGUUAUUUGUCUAGCUUAUUUAUGCAUAAAUAUGCCUUUUUCUCCAUUUAAAAAAAAGGACCUAUCGGUGGUUCAGUGCGGCAGGCACGAGGGUGUGGCGGGUGGGCAAAUAAAAAGGAUUCUUUUUCGGAGCAAACCGAAACCACUUCAAACGAAACAAAAAAAAAAGCUCGGGGAAGAUGGUUCGCAGGCGCAGAAUUCGCGUAUUAUUGGCGACCUAUCCCGGUUUAUCUUCCUAUACAAUAGCGCGCUACCCACUGUUUGGCUUGGGAGAGAGGGGAGGGCAGGAAGGAUACCGUUUUCAACCCACUACUCCUAGACUGAACGUAGCUUUUCCACGCAAGCUGUUAGUUAUCACCGUUAUCACAUCUCAUUGGCAGUGUUGGUGUGUGAGGAUACGAGUUUAAUGGUGCGGUGUACGAGUGUGGUUGAUGGGUAAAUGGACACAGUCACCCCUAAUUUCACCCCACCCACCCCUGGAUUUCAGUUCAGUUUUCGUAUCGGAGUGGGGAGAAUGUCCAUCAACUUCCGCGGCGAGUUUUUUUUUUCUCGCGUUCUUCUCGGACUGUUACAUGUCCGUCAACUAACUUUCUCUUAUGCUGAAUAAAAUGAUUCAAUUUUCCUGUAAGCGCUUUGCGAAAAUAUUAGCCUAAGCAUUAGACACAUAAACGUUAUCCCUUUUUUUGCUGCUACGACUCCGCUGUGCCGUUGAGACAUCGUAUCUUGUGUUUAAUAUUAAACCUAGCGAGGCAGUGAAAAGUUACGACGAUAGCUUCUAACACAGUACCAACAACAUAAGAAAAACAAAAACAAUCGAAUAAAAUAUCCCCCUCCUCACCCCUAAUCCCCUCUCACACUUUUUACGUUAAAUUGUUCUAGAGCGUUCUGCGGCACUCCUUCCGAGUGCCGAAUUUUGGCGUGGAAGAGUAAUACAGCGCCUAUUCGUUACAUAAUUCCUAUUAAAGUAAGCUUGCGCUUCCUUUUGCUGUUUGCAAGGGCACCGAACUCGAACUCGAUUGCCUUUCUUUUUUGUUUUUAAAUAAACGCACAUCGGUGCUGAGCAAUCGCCUCUUCUUCCCAGCUAUCUUUCCUACAACUCGCUUUUAGCAUCUGGCGUUCCAUCGGUUCUCUUCCCUUCCCUCUCUUAGGCUAGUAUUUUCUACUGCUUCUGCUGUCACUGGACAGCCUGGCAGGGCAGGGCAGUGUGAGCUUCCAGCGCUUGCUCGCUUUUCCUUUGCGCUAAUUUCCGUGCUUGUUUUGCAAAUAAGUGUAAGUUUUGUAAAUCGUUUUGGAUUCUGUAUUUGUUUUGGGGUUUAAUUCAUUUAACAGACUUAUAAAGUUCAGUGCAGGAGGUCGUUUCAAAGCGUUGGGAUAAAUAAACAAAUACGGUGGGUUUUUUUUU